AUGGAAUGGUCCCUCCGGCUCCUGGCCUGCCUGGUGGGCAUCCUCCCUAUAGGAUCAUUUGUGAGAACUAAAAGAGAUACUACCGGGAACUUGCUCAACACGGAGGUGCACACCGCCCCGCGGAUCGUCAACCUCUCGGUGCUGCCGGGCCCGGCGCACUCCUUCCGCGCGCUCUGCACGGCCGAGGGGGAGCCGCCGCCCGUCCUAGACUGGUCCGGCCCGGCCCUGGGCAACGGCUCGGCCGCCGUGCCGGGCCCGGGUCAGGGACAGGGUCACGGCCACCAGGUGACCGCCGAGCUGCCCGCGCUGGUCCACGACGGCCGCUACACGUGCACGGCGUCCAACAGCCUGGGCCGCGCGGAGGCCAGCGUCUACUUGUUCCGAUUCCACGGCGCCUCCGGGGCCUCGGCGCUCGCCCUCCCGCUCGGAGCGCUCGGCCUCAAGGCGCUGCUGCUGCUCGGCGUUCUGGCCGCCCGCGCCGUCGCCCGCCGCCGCCCAGUCGCCUUUCGUCUCUCCUUCCUGCCCGUCGCUGGGGCAUGGUUUGGGCAAUUGGUGAUGACCCCACUUCUGUAUCGGGUGGUCAACCGACUCUCUCCUGUCCACAGGCCCCAGGCUCAGGAGUCCAACUAUGAGAAUUUGAGCCAGAUGAGCCCUCGGGACCCACCAGCAGCCACAUGUUUACCGUGA